AUAUGGUGUAUGAAUUUGGGAGAGUAUUCGGUUAGACAGUGAAGUCGACAUUUGGGAGUAAAUUAAUGACACGAUUAGUGAUAUAUUAAAUACAAAUCAGAAAUAACUGUAAAUAAGUUUUUGAGUUGUAUUUAGAAUUAAGUGAAUUGUUUGACAAAAAUGGGACCAAAAGUGAGACACAAAUUAAGGAAUAAAUAUAUCAAUCAUUUAAUCAAACAUAAAGUCAAACAACAAAUCAACAAAAGAGUUGUCACCAAAAGCUGGUCCACAAACAAACUGUUGACUCGAAACACAUAUUAUGAUAAAAUCAGUUAUCCGUUGGCUUCCACUGGUCAGCGACCAGUCAAUUGUGAUCAUCGGAUCAAUUAUUACAAGACAAUGACAAUUGAAGAGAAGAUAAUUCGGAUGUUUGGACAUCAAAAGCGAUGUCCAAACAGAUAUGAGAGGUCACAGUCUGGCCAUUGCGGUCAUGAUUUCGGUAAUAAACAAACAAAUGAUUACUGUUUUAAACAAAACAACACAUCGACGACCACUCAAAACAAUAAUAUAUUUGAUUUUUCGCUUAACAAUGACCUCAACAACAAUAACAAAGAAAAAUGUCAAGACUUGCCAUUUGAUUCAUUUCUGGAAAACAUUAGUUAUAAAUCCAAACUCUUUGAUAACUCGUUUACAGAAUCAUCUGUUCCAAUGACUAGCCAUCCGAAGAGUUACAGUAAAUUGAAUGAUAAUAACUCAAUGAGUAUGGAGUAUGUGAUGACCACAAGUGAUGACCAAUUUUACAAUAAUUAUAAUCGAGUUAUAGUUAAUGCAAUGGAUUUGUAUGCUUUGGAGCGCAAAAAGUUGGCUAAAAAGUGUCAGUUUUUCGGUGAAGAUAUACUUCAAAUGCUUUGUCAUUAUUUCAGUCGUUUGGUUGUCACCAAUGGAUCACCUCUUAAUAAGAACUGGAUUUUGAAUGGCAUUACUUUGAGACAAGAAAAUUAUAGCCAAUUUGAUAAUCAUUUAAAACUACUUUAA